AUGCCGCUCGUUGCGACGUUCCUGACACUCGGGCUGGCAGUGCUCCUGCUGUCCGCCGCCGGUCCGGCGGUCGCGCAGAGCUGCGGCUGCCCGGCGCACUUGUGCUGCAGCCAGUGGGGUUUCUGCAGCACGGGCCCAGACUACUGCGGCGCCGGGUGCCAGUUGGGGCCGUGCACGGUGGCGAGCAGUGGCGCCGCAGCUGCGGAGGCGUCCGGCGGCAAGCCCGUGGGGAGCGAGCGCACACCAUAG